AUGGGUACAGAGCCUCAGUCCUCGUGGAGGUCACUCCUCUCCUUCUUUUCCGUUGCCCUCUUUUCCCUUCUUGUACUUCUCUAUGUUGGCCCGUCUCGAAACUCUGGUCUGGACCUUUCCGUCCCAUUCACAGAGAGAGACCUCCAUGACGAUGCAGUCACAAAUCUCACCAAGCGGGCAAGCGAUAACUAUGAGAAAGCUCGUGAAAAGGGAGCCAGGCUGCAUUGUUUGAUGGCCAUGUCUAUAGAGGACGCUGCGGAAGUCCCCGAUGGCGCACAGGCUGCAGAAUACUUCGAAUCCGACGGGGUGCAAGAGAAUGAGGGCUGGACAGAGGGAACAGACUCAAAUGCUCCAUACUAUCGAAACUAUUUGGACGCAAUGUUUAGCAGUCUUGACAUCUCCACGGAUGAUACCCAUCAUUUCCAUUGGGUGAACAAUGAGGCAGCUGAAAUACAUGACGAUCCUUUGGACUGGGACGGGCCAUCAAAGCCAGGCUUUAUGAGCACUGCUGACUUUCGGCGACGCCGCCCCCAGCCCUCCGGAGCCUUCUUCACCAACUCGUACCUUUUGAAAUCGGGCGUUAUUAUUGCGGACAACAACUUUGCAGUCAAACCGGCUAUGGACGCGUACAUGCCGGGUUGGGAGACAAAUAGCAUGCUAACAGUCACCCACCUUCGCCGUUGGAGCGACGCGGCAUGGAUUCAAUGGUACAAAGCCUGCAGGCAAAACGGCGGCAAAUCAGAGAAUGUCAAGUACAUUGUUCGCUCUCGUAUAACCAACGCGAGGACUCUAUCCCUCAUCUUUGAGGCCCUGAUCAGCAAAUUUGGCGGAUUCCCGACAAUCGGCAGAUGGGGCCAGCGCCUUACUCUUGAUGUGGAAGAGAGCCCGGAUGAGUUUCAUGCUGUUCUCGGCAGCCCCAACGGAGCAGGAGCGGCGUUUUUACUGCUAACUCACAAGGAGGCCCUAGGGAUCAAGACCAUCAACAAGGUUGAUAUAUUCGUCCCCAACAUUGGCUACCCAGUCGUUGGGACCAACGUUGACGACAUUGCCAAGAAUGCCAAGAUUAUGUUGUUGUUUACUGUUUCUUCUGUGGGCUGA